GGCCUGCUACAGGCCCAGUCGAAAACUUACAGGAGCCGAACCAAACGGCCACGGCCACGGACAGUGUUGCCUUCUCCUCCCCCUUCUCCUUCUCCCGUCCACUCAGCGUGCCUGACUGCCCGUGCGCGCCCUCGCUCAGUCGCUCUCGCGCGCGGCGACAACUGAGCCACCGCCGACGGUCCAACUCUUCGUCGGACCCUUUGCCGGCGACGAGCACCCACCAGGGGUUUCAUGGUAGCGUGACCUGUCUCGGCCUAGAAAAUGUAUAUAAAGAAGGUCGUAAUCGAAGGGUUUAAGAGCUACAAGGAGGAGAUAUCAACAGAGCCCUUCAGUCCCAAAGUUAACGUAGUUGUUGGUGCAAAUGGAUCUGGCAAAUCAAAUUUCUUUCAUGCUAUACGAUUUGUCCUGAGUGACAUGUUUCAGAACCUGCGAAGUGAAGAUAGGGGUGCCCUUCUCCAUGAAGGUGCUGGACACUCGGUUGUAUCUGCUUUUGUUGAGAUAGUGUUUGACAAUUCAGACAAUCGUAUUCCAGUUGAUAAAGAAGAGGUACGCUUGCGCAGGACAAUUGCUUCAAAGAAGGAUGAAUACUACUUGGAUGGGAAGCAUGUCAGUAAAACUGAAGUCAUGAAUCUGCUAGAGAGUGCUGGUUUCUCUCGUUCUAAUCCAUACUACGUUGUGCAGCAAGGAAAGAUUGCAUCCCUUACCUUGAUGAAAGAUUCUGAACGACUGGAUCUUCUCAAAGAGAUUGGUGGUACACGUGUUUAUGAGGAUAGACGGAAGGAGAGCUUGAAAAUAAUGACCGAAACAGCCAACAAAAGGAAGCAGAUUGAUCAAGUUGUCCACUACUUAGAGGAAAGACUGAGAGAACUCGAUGAAGAGAAAGAAGAACUAAAGAAGUACCAGCAGCUGGACAAACAGAGAAGAUCACUUGAGUAUACUAUAUUGGACCAUGAGCUUAAUGACGCAAGGAAUGAAUUAGCUUCGAUGGAUGAUAACCGAAGAAAAAUUUCUGAAAGUAUGUCCCUUGCGGACAAUGAAGUGGUGGAUGUCCGAGAGAUGAUCAAGAGUUUUGAUAAAGAAAUAAAAGUCUCAACUAAAGGGAUAAAUGAUACCAAGGCGCAAAAGGAAGGUGUUGAGAAGAGGCGUACUGAAGCUCUGAAGGUAGUUGCUAAGAUUGAACUUGAUUUGAGAGAUAUAAAAGAUAGGAUUGUGAAUGAGAAGCGAGCAAAGGAUGAGGCAGCGAGGGAUUUGCAGAGUGUGAGGAGAGAGAGUGAAAAGUCAAAGUCUGAAUUGGCUGAAAUUAGUAAGGUGCAUCAGGCCAAACUAAAGGAAGAGGAGGAUAUAUCGAAGAGCAUUAUGGAUCGUGAGAAGCGGCUAAGUAUAUUGUACCAAAAGCAGGGAAGGGCGACCCAAUUCGCAAACAAAGCUGCUAGAGAUAAGUGGCUUCAAAAGGAAAUUGAAGAUCUCAAGCCUGUACUUUUAUCAAAUAAAAAGCAGGAAGGUUUACUUCAAGAAGAAAUCCAGAAGCUUAAAGAUGAAAUCAAUGAUUUAACUAACUACAUCGAGUCUCGGAAAAGCGAAUCAAGUAAGUUAGAGGAAACACUUGCGAAAAGACAUAAUGACUAUAACGAUUUGAGGAAGCAGAGAGAUGUGCUUCAAGAAGAAAGGAAGUCAUAUUGGAAGGAGGAAUCUGAGGUGACAGCUGAACUUGAUAGGCUACAAGAAGAUCUUAUAAAGGCACAGAAAAGCUUGGACCAAGCAACUCCUGGGGAUAUCAGGAGAGGCCUGAAUUCUGUUAGCAGAAUCAUUAAGGACCAUGGUAUUACUGGUGUUUUUGGUCCUGUAUUAGAACUGGUUGAUUGUGAAGAGAAGUUCUUUACAGCUGUUGAGGUCACUGCUGCAAAUAGCUUGUUCCAUGUGGUUGUCGAGAAUGAUGACAUAUCAACAAAGAUCAUUCAAAUAUUAACUAGAGAAAAAGGUGGAAGGGUGACAUUUAUACCAUUGAACAGAGUGAAAGUUCCAGAUCUCAGCUGUCCGCAAAGUCCUGAUUUUGUUCCAUUGUUGAAAAAAUUGAAAUAUCGAUCUGACCAUCGUCGUGCUUUCGAACAGGUUUUUGGCAGGACAGUCAUAUGCCGAGAUCUGGAAACUGCGACUAAAGUUGCACGUAGCAAUGGUCUAGAUUGCAUCACACUUGAUGGUGAUCAGGUAGGGAAAAAAGGUGCUAUGACAGGAGGCUUCUAUGAUUCUAGACGCUCAAAACUAAAGUUUGUGAAGAUAAUAAGGGAUAACAAGACAGCAAUUGAUAGAAAGACGGGUCAUCUAGAGAGUGUCGUAAACAAGCUAAAAGAUAUAGAUAAGAAAAUUACAGAUUUAGUUACCAAACAGCAGCAAAUGGAUGCUGAACGUGAUCAUGCGAAGUCAGAGUUGGAACAAUUUAAGGCUGACAUUGCCAGGGCUAUGAAGCAAAGGGGGUCACUUGAGAAAGCCCUUGUCAAGAAGGAAAAAUCACUUAACAACAUCUGCAACCAAAUUGAGCAAGUCCAGUCUAGCAUUGCAAUGAAGAAUGAUGAAAUGGGCACAGAGCUUAUUGAUCAGCUAACUUCAGAAGAAAGAGAUCUCCUUUCACGAUUGAAUCCUGAAAUUACUGAUUUGAAGGAGAGAUUUCUAAUGUGUAAAAACAGUCGGAUUGAGAUCGAAGCACGAAAGGAAGAAUUGGAGACCAAUUUAUCAACAAAUCUUAUCAGGCGUCAGAAAGAGCUAGAAGCGAUAAUUUCAUCUGCAGAUUCUAGAACCUUGCCUUUGGAAGCUGAGGCAAAGGAGCAAGAACUGAAAAGUUCCAAGAGAAACCUUGAUGAACUAACUUCAUUAUUAAAGGCUAAUGUCGAUGCCAUAAAUAAUUUCACCAGAAAGAUGGAUGAUCUGAAAAGAAAAAGGGAUGAUCUGAAGGCUCGUGAAGCUAUUUUAGAGCAGACUGUACAAGAUGGUGCCAAAGACUUAGAACAGUUGAUGAACAGCAGGAACACUUAUCUAGCCAAGCAAGAAGAGUGCACGAAGAAGAUCCGAGAUUUGGGCUUGUUGCCUGCUGAUGCUUUUGAAGCGUACAAGAGGAAAAACAAGAAACAGCUACAUAAGAUACUCUAUGACUGUAAUGAGCAGUUGAAGCAGUUUAGUCAUGUGAACCAAAAGGCUCUUGACCAAUAUGUGAACUUCACAGAACAACGCGAACAACUGCAGAGAAGGCGAGCUGAACUUGAUGCCGGUGAUGUGAAAAUCAUGGAACUCAUAUCGGUUUUAGACCAAAGGAAGGAUGAAUCCAUUGAGCGCACAUUUAAAGGGGUUGCAAGGCACUUCCGUGAAGUGUUUUCUGAGCUGGUGCAAGGUGGUCAUGGAUAUUUGGUUAUGAUGAAGAAAAAGGAUGGGGAUGCAGUUGAUGAUGAUGAGGAGGAGGAUGGACCUCGUGAUCCAGGCCCUGAUGGGAGAAUAGAAAAGUAUAUCGGUGUGAAAGUCAAGGUAUCAUUUACUGGCAAGGGAGAAACUCAGUCUAUGAAACAAUUGUCAGGCGGACAGAAGACGGUGGUCGCACUAACACUGAUUUUCGCUAUCCAACGAUGUGACCCAGCUCCAUUUUAUCUGUUCGACGAGAUCGAUGCUGCUCUGGAUCCACAAUACCGAACAGCAGUUGGAAAUAUGAUCCGCCGUCUAGCUGACAUGGCUGACACUCAGUUCAUUGCGACCACAUUCCGGCCAGAGAUUGCUAAAGUGGCUGAUAAGAUAUAUGCCGUGAGACACAAGAAUAGGGUGAGCAACAUCGACGUGGUGUCCAAGGAGGAGGCCCUGGACUUCAUCGAGCGUGAUCAGACGUACAAUGCUAGCUGAGGCUGCUGCUGCUGCUGCUGCUGCUGUGUAUUGAUUGAUCGCAGAUGCUAACGCAGACAGGAUAGUUCUUGUUGUGUUAUGGAUAUUCUGGCCUAUUGUUGUAGCUGUGUAUAUGUGUGAUGCAGUUAGGUAGCUAUUGGACCAGCUUGUUUGGCGCAUCAACGUUGUGAAUGUAGCAGCUACCACCUUGGUUUGGUACCAGCUUUAAUUAAGUUUGGGAAGCGCUGAUUAGACUAGACGUACGUUACAUGUUGCCCCAUGAUUGUUGUAUGGCACGCCCAGCCCAAAAUGGCAGUAAUCAGUUCAUUUCGACAAUUAACGUAAGUGUAAGUGUACGAGUAGUGGUAUUCAAAUGUUUUUUAACUGUA